AUGGCAAAACAAGGAGCAAAUGAGGCAUAUAAUGAUAUAUUGCAAAAAGUCGACGAGGUUUUGAUUUUGGCACAAUCGCAUUUGGGAUCGUUGAAAAAUGGUGAGAAAGUGGGAAGGACUUGGGAUGAAAUGAGAAAGGGGAGUCCAAGGACAAUUUAGGGCCUAGGCUUUAGGCUUGGCCAUAAUUCAACGCCUAGGGCUUUUUUAACACCCUUGAAAAGAGAAACAGAAAACUGAAUCGAUAACUGUGGACGAAGAGGGACUUUCACACAAAUUAAAUUUGAUAUGGGAAACUUUUUUGGAACAAUUUUGAAAGUACAGUAACCCACAUUGUGUUGAAAAACAAUUUUCUGAAAGUUUAUAGACCUUAAAAAAAUCAAAAUAUCUCGCAAAAAAAUGUUUCAAUCAAAAAAACAUAAUAAUUUUUGACAUUUCCUGAUUAAAAAUGUUUUUACGCCAUGAAUUUUCCCAGAAUAUUUUUAAUCUUCAAAAGUGCGUGUCUUUUUUUUUUCAAUAAUCUAUGAGAAGUUCUCAAAAAAAUAGUUCAACUAUGUUUUCCAGCCCCUAUCUCCAAAACCUUCAAAUGUUUUUCCAGAAAAUUCGAGACCUCACACACCAACUUCCGAUUCAUCAACAUCAUCCUCAACCAUAUCUUCGCCAUUCAAAAGAAAUAGAUCAAGAUCGAGCAAUUCAUCAUCUUCAAAAAGCAAUUAUCGAAUUAAGACCCAUGCAUAUUGUAGUCUCGAUAAGAAAAAAGCAAUGAUUGUCACGAAAAUGAAGGGAAAUGAGGAAAUUGAUGAGAAAGAAAUUCGUAAAAUCGAAAAAAUGUGAGCUUUAGAUUCUGGAUUUUUUUAAAGCAAAUUUUAUUUCAGAAUUUCUCGUGCUCUUGAACAAGAACAACCAUCAAUUCAAUUUUAA